UAUUGCUAAAUAUUCACAAUAACAUUGCUUGUAUAAGAUUUUACCUUUUCUACGUAUUCCAUUUGCAAGAAUGUUCAUUUUUUACCCAAAGAUUGUACUUUUUAUUACCUACAUACCUACUUAAUGAAGCUUUCCACAAAAGAAAGUCCACAAAUAUAAAAAAUCAUAUCAUUACGAGCUAACGCGUAAGUUUAUAACUAGGUACAUAGGUAUUUAAGUUUGUUCAACUCAUAUCGACCACCAGUUGAUAUAUCCUUUAGCAGUUGCCAUGGCCUCUAAGAAUUUAAUUUAUUGUGUUUUGUUGAUCGGGUUUGGAUUUGGAAAGGCUGACGAUACUAUGAAAAGUGCGCCCGUCGAAACUGAAAUUUUGAAAGGCAACUGCUCUUGUGGUGGUUUUCCAACAUCUACACCCGAUGCUGAAAGUCAACCGCUUCUCUCCCAAUCUCCAGGACUUGUAGUGAACUGCGAUGACGAAGGAAGCACCACCUGUAAAAACUUGUGUCUCGCCCUCGCAACAGCAACCAAAGCUAAGGGUCCUGAGAUAUUGUGCAAUCGCCUAAAUAAUGCUGAAGAACUUAAGUUAUCAGCAUUUUAUAAAAUAUGCGAAAAGCCUUGGACAUAUGCCGAUAUGACGGCAGAUGAAGCUCUUUGUUGCCAAGAUUCUAAAGUGAAAAUUUGUGCUUCAGCUGAGCGUGGAACAACUGCCAGCGGAAUUAAAGAAGAAUAGAAUUCGGAUCCAUGCUUAGUUGUAAAAAGAAUAUAUGUAUUAUAUACAAUUAGCUACAUACCUAAUUAUGCCAUAAAAAUUGUGAAAAUAUAAGGACAUGUAAAUUGUUCAC